UUUUAUCUUCAAGUUGACAGGCAGCAGUUAAAGACGCUCAAGCUAAAGGUGGUCUCCAUUCAUAGUUCGUGAAUGCUACAGGAAUCGUUCGCUGUUGACAGAGUUGUUGGUACUAUCGUCACUGAGAUAACGAGGUCGUGCCGCUCAAUUCAACACCUUCGAAAGCGCAAGAUACAGAAAAUGCGUCCCUUAACGAUCACGCAUCUAUGUUUGUUUGGUAGUGUAUAUUUUCUGCCGAUUGUCAUAGCACAACUGGAUCUUUUCGACCAAAGCAGAAUUUUAGGGCCAAUCCGCAAAUGUCUGCGUCCAUUUGAAAACGAAACCCAAGCUAAAGAAGGACAUUGUCAUCCGAUGUAUCAUCCAAUGGGAACCGAGGGCUCAGUAUGCAAAUCUUUUAGUGGCAAGAUACUAAGCACUGUAGACGUGUUGACUGAAUUCCAAUGCAUGGAUCUUUGCAUGAGAAACUGGAGAUGCGUGGCUUUCAACAUUUAUAAAAGUGAAGUCAAGUCGCGCCCAUGUCAACUGCUAGAGUCUUACCAUCCCUCAUCAGAAUGUAAGACGGAAUACAUUGGAAAGAAACUGGACCGAGAGGCAUUUUACAAGGCUUAUCUCAACCCAGGUUGUACCGUUCAAGAAGUAACCUGACACUUAAAACAAUAACAUGGGGGACGGGAGGGAGGAGAGAAGAUAUAUCGCCAUUCUCUCUACACAAAGUUUUACAACCUAAAUGCUUUAUUAAUUUCAUUAAUGUUUCAUCAAAUAGACUAACUGUUUGCCUACCCCUACUCUCCUCCUACUCUCUUUGCUUCGAGCCUUUCUCGUCUGUUUCUUUGACGGGCUAUCUGUGGUGUGUGACCGAGGGAGACUGAGAGUGAGCUAGCGAGCAAGCGAAACAUUCCCUGUCCUACUCUUCCCUCCUUUAUCACACAGGAAUCCCAAUCACCCAAGAAAGAAAAAUAAGAGGGCCGGGAUGCCUGCGGAACGGGAAGCUACCCUAUCCCAAAGAUGCACUGCAUUCUUUUUAUUUUCCCUCCUUAUUAUUGAUUUCUGGAAACUAAAUUCCAAUCCAAGCUAUGAGUUAGCCGCGCACAUAACUCAGAUCAGCCCAGAGUUCAGGGUUCCUUCUGUGAGUUUGUAGCCAUACAAGCAUUCAAUCAAUCUGCCUAGAGGUUUUUCAACUUAUUAAUACAUUAGUAAGUUUCAUUUGAAGCUUUUUAAGUUGAUCUAAUACCUAGGCUAUCAUGAAUUAUUGGCAAAAAGAGCUCGUAUGAUUAAACUGUUACGUAUUACAAUUUUAAAUUACUUAUUUACCAUACAUUUUUGAUUGAUUUAAUAUUUUUUUGAUUGACCGAAUUACAAAACCCUGACAAGCCUAAACGUUGCAAAAGUCAUGAUAACAUAUCAAAACAGAAAUGCUUAUUCAUGAGACACGAAUGAACUGAUGUCAUAGCAGUGUUAUAUCAUCUAUCAAUCAAAAUAAAGUUACAAAGAAGAGGUAUGACUAUUCUAAAUGCAUGCAUACAUGUACUAAGUAACACAAGAAACUGUCUGUAGAUAACGACUAGUUUGGACUGCGUCGGUGUUUUUUAGUUUGAAUCAAAUGUGUCGUAGUAGAUGAUUUUAUCACCGUAACUACGAAAGAUAAUAGACUGACGUUUCGGACGUUAGUCCUUCGUCGGAGUCAAUCAAGAAACUGUCUACAUAUUCUCGUCUUUACAUAGUUGUGAUUUAGCUUUGUGAAAACCCCUUUAAAUGCAUAACUCCAGCUCAAACGUAAUACAAUAUCAGGGAUAGUGGAAAUAAGUACAUAUUCUUUCUCAACAGCAUGUUUUAAUUAGGUACAAGUGGUCAUGACUUUGAAUAAAAGCCCUAAUUGAUUUGC